GAGGGCGUCUCCUGCCACUACUGGUCGCUGUUCGACGGGCACGCGGGCUCGGGCGCCGCCGUGGUGGCCUCGCGCCUGCUGCAGCAGCACGUGGCGGAGCAGCUGCAGGACGUCGUGGACAUCCUCAGGAACUCGGCCGUGCUGCCGCGACCUACAAAUAGAACGAGAGAGGAGUUCGUAUAAUAUAUCUGGCGGCUGCACGGCCCUCAUUGUGGUUUGCCUCUUGGGGAAGCUGUACGUAGCAAAUGCUGGCGACAGCAGGGCCAUCAUCAUCAGAAACGGAGAAAUCAUCCCCAUGUCGUCGGAAUUCACCCCUGAGACUGAGCGCCAGAGGCUGCAGUACCUGGCAUUCAUGCAGCCUCACUUGCUAGGAAAUGAAUUCACACAUCUGGAGUUCCCAAGGAGAGUACAGAGGAAGGAGCUCGGAAAGAAAAUGCUGUACAGGGACUUCAAUAUGACAGGCUGGGCUUACAAAACCAUUGAGGAUGAUGACUUGAAGUUUCCCCUUAUAUACGGCGAAGGCAAGAAGGCCCGGGUGAUGGCAACUAUUGGAGUGACCCGGGGACUUGGGGACCAUGACCUGAAGGUGCAUGACUCCAACAUCUACAUAAAACCAUUCCUGUCUUCAGCUCCAGAGGUGAGAGUCUACGAUCUCUCCAAAUAUGAGCACGGAGCAGAUGAUGUGCUGAUCUUGGCCACGGAUGGACUUUGGGAUGUUUUAUCAAAUGAAGAAGUAGCAGAAGCCAUCACUCAGUUUCUUCCUAACUGUGACCCGGAUGAUCCUCACAGGUACACGCUAGCAGCUCAGGACCUGGUGAUGCGUGCCCGUGGCGUCCUGAAGGACAGAGGAUGGCGGAUAUCGAAUGACCGGCUGGGCUCAGGAGAUGACAUUUCUGUAUAUGUCAUUCCCUUAAUACAUGGAAACAAACUGUCAUGAGAGCGACCCAGGGGACUGGGAGGACAGAGGGGAAGGAAGCGGGGAGCCUCCGGGCAGAGCAGAAUGGGGAGGGUGCCCGGCUGAGUUCGGGUGACGCAGUUUCUUCCUAGCCCAGGGAGUCUGCUACCGAAAAGCCUCUGGCUGUGCUUCACGGUGACACUUAGCCUUCCACUUUUCCUUUAGUCACAGGUCUGGACACUGAACAAAAGCAGAGCAGGAAGCCUGUUACUGAGUGCUGUAUCUCUGCUGGUUUCUUUUGUAAGCCCCCUGGGCAGCAGCUGGCCAUCUGGGGGCACAUAUAUCGGACUUAUUUUACCUAGAGUAGCUGGGACAGCCGUUUUUAGGUAGAACUGGCAGAAGACCCCCUCAGCCUGUCACGCUGCCGAUUUCUCUCCAGGUCCAAACUGCUGCAUUGGAAAGCUGAGGGGGUCAUGCUUCAAAGUAUAAGCACCCACCUUCUAGUCAGCUCGAGGUUUAUUCAGGGAUUGCUGUCUUUCUCUUCCUCCCGCUCUCCCCUGCCUUUUGCCUGUUGUUUCUCUUUAUUCUUUUGUGGUGAUGGCAGGGGGAGGCUGGGAUUUUUUUUCCUCUCCAACAUUCCUUGAAUCUUUCUUGUUUCCCUCCCAGGGACCAGGGCUGGGACUUUCCAGCUCCUGGCUGAGGCAUUUCUGUGGUAAAAUCCAAGCCAGACUGGGUUGUCCACAGGUCCCGUGGCCCACACCGCCCAAACAACCAUCCGGAGCAGUGCCCUGAAUGACACUGUCCUUGUUGUGUAACUUUUGUUCUUCAGUUGCAUUUUCUCACCCAAUCGGUGUGUUUUCUUGAAAACAGGGGUGUUCCUUUGGACCACUGGCUCCUCUAUUAUCUUCAGCAGUCUCUUGGGGUAGCUUAAGGUCUCACUGUGACGGUCUGGAUUUCCAUUUCUGGAAUGGUUGGCUUUCUCCCGCCUGCUGUAUCAUGGGAGUCAAUAUAAAGCAGUGUUCAACGGACCGAGGUAGGGACCUCUUGUAUCAGUGGCUUUGCCAUACCUCAUUUGGGGACAGUUUCAGAUUCAGGUUUCACGGAGUGUGAGUGUCCUGCGGAUCACGCCAAGCAAAGCACGUGUGUAGCAGAGUACUGUGGAGCCAAAGCAGAUCUCUUUUCGGUCGUUUUUGGGGAAGGCCUGCUCAGAAUGGCACUUGAACAAAAGCACAUUUGAAGGUGAGUCCUUCACGCGCUGUCUUCUCUGCCCCUUCUCCGGAGAAUCAUGCUCUAGCUCGCUAAAAAUGGAGACUGUGUGCCUCAGAAGCACAGCAGUAGCAGACACCCCGCCACCAGGAAACCCACUACUUCUGCGCCAGGAGGAACGGCGAAGACAGAAUCACUUCGAUCUUCUCGGCAGGCUGCUGCUGUGUCCUGGGGGAACUUGGGGAACAACAUUUAAACACCCAGUUCUCUUCCUGCAGACCUUCUGGGGUGUCAUCACCAUGUUGACAACUUGGGUUCAUUGAAACACUCUCCCAAACCAGUGCAGAUGAAGGUCAUUCGUGUGAAUCGUCAAAAGUGCUAGAGAUCCAGUUCUAGUUCUUGUGUUUGUCUGAAAUCCUUUCCCAGCGUAGAAGACAGAAACCUUCGCUCCAGGAGAGUAAAUCACCUACAUGCCUGGCGUUGUAGGUUUUUUUGUAGGCCGGGUCUGGAGCCUUCCCACUCAGGCGUGAAGGGCAGUUCGCAGUGUAAGCGAAGGGAGUGCCCUGUCUGGCAGGUAAAAUACUGUGGAAAUCUCCUCCAUCAGGUGUCUGCAGGUUGCCUGAGAAGAAAUGCGGUGUUACCUUACCUGGAGUCAUCUUCGUCGGGUGGUAUCCCCUCCUCUUCCAGGGAAUCCCUAGCUACCCCCAGACAGCUGUCAGGAGCCGUCUGUGGUGGACCACUCUCUUCCCUGGCAGAGUAAGAUGCCACGGAACACUCUCAGGCAUCACACAAGGUACGGCCCCCUUUCUGCUCCUGCAGUGACUGUCAAAGUUGCAUUGAAAUUGGGAACUUGAGAAAGCCUUCCGCAGAGCGCUGCGAUGCCUUCUUUGCGAUCUUUCCCGUUGCCGCCCUUCUCCUCUUCCUCUUCCUUUCUCCUUCCUCUCUCUCCCGCCUCUUCUUCCUCCUCCUUGUUUUUUGCUUUCCUGGACAUCUCCCCAGGCCUCACCUUGAGCUCCUUUUGUCUUACCUAAGCUAUCCAAGUGAUCAUUUCAGUGUCGAUGUCGUGACAACUUUCUACUCGAGUCACCCAUUCUUUUACUGUCAAGGCAUGUCUCAGGAAAAACUUUGGAAAACCUCUCAUUCCAACAGUUCUAAAACCUUGAGCAUUUAGUCCUGCUGGUUUUAGUAACAAAGGUAUCUAGGGAUGCUUCUCUUGAGUCCACUUGGGUGGAAAGAUCAUAAUAGCAAUCUAAAGCCAUGUUUGCAUUUGCGGGAUAAAAGAAAGACUACAAAUGAGGUGAACACAUCAAAAACCGAAAAAGUAAUUUGUUCAUGCCCAUAGCAGGGCUACCCAGCACUGAUACUGCUCUGUGAAUUGAGCUUACUCCGUUUGGCCUUAUUUUUCACCCAGGUCCCAAGUUACCCCAUCCCAGGACAGUAACUGUCUACAUAACGGGUCAGCCGUUGGAGCGUUCUAAGAAACGUGAAACACUUCACUCAGAAUUCUGUGGAACAUAUUUAUAUGUGGUUCUGAAAUCUUGUGUAUCUGACUUACAGCCAAAUCUGCUUGUCCGGAUAGCCUCAGAGGAAGUCUUGUGCAAUGAGAAGCGUUUGAUUUCCUAGUUAAGUCUUUACAGUUGUCUUGGGGGUUGAGUGGCCACUUCCUUUAAUGAAAGGCUCUUUCUGCUCUAAACCUCUUCGCUGGGCUGAGCCCUGCCCAUCGGACUAGUUGUGAAGACUCUUGCUUGGAGUGUGAGCUCGCAGUCCAGCCCUGCUCUGACCCCGCGAAGCUUCACCUUGGAACAUCCGGACUCGGAGCAGGGCCGGCAGUCAGGUCGGGGGGUGGUUCUGCUGUGACAGGACUCCCGCUCCUGAGGCAGGCCGGGAGAAGUUAGACUCUGCAUAAGGCCAAGCGCUCACCUGUCUCACGGGAGCCUAGGGAGUGAGGCUUUCUAUUCUUUUCCACAGUACUCAGCCGUGCAGGAUCUGGAGUGUUCGUUUUUUUUAAAUUCCCAGCAGCUUGCCUCCGUGGGGCUGCAUGACGUCAGCUAUGCCCACAUUCUCUUACUCUCCUCCCUGGUAUUUAUUUGUCUUGCGGGGAGGAAUUACAGCCAUAAGUAGAUGCUGCUGGGGAAGAUGGCAGUCACAGGACCCGGAUUUAGCGCCGCACUUUGGCCAUUUGGACGAGGUUCGCAGUGUACCAAAACCCCCAGUGUGGAAUUGCCUGAGAAAAGCCUCCAGCGUCUUUAAAUCUGAUUCUCCUCCUAUGUCCCGUUCCUUGUCUCCAUCCCCGCCUUCCUCACCUGCUUAUCCACCGUAACCUCAAGGCCGCAAGUGGCCAGUGGCUUUCUUUCCACCCAUUUCAGGAGCUAACCUUUCCUUCAGAGGUCCGCCCUUUUCAGAGUAGGUUGAGCUUUGAUUCUCCCUUCAGAAGGUUAGCGCUUCUGGGGCACAUGGGGAAAGCAGUGAGAUUCAUUGUCUAUGCAAAGUACAACCAGACUGACCCGAAAAGCUGCCACAUUUAGGAAAACAGUCUCUGGCCACGUGAAACUAAGAACUUGGGUUUUGGUGACGUACAAGAGCGGAGAAGUGGACCGGCCCGCACAGCACGGCCCACCUCUCUGAGCAAGCUCGUUCUGCGUGGCGAGGCCGCGGGUGUGCGUACACUGCGAUUUUCAAGGACACGACAUAGGCAGACUGACCCGGCUCUGAUGGGAGCCCCGUGGCUCUUCAACAGAUAUGAAGUUCUGUUCGUGUAGCAACCAGGUAGACCGUGACCAAAUAAGGCUGUACACGUGCUGCUGUUUCCCACUGUGAUGUCUGUGCCCGAGGAAGGAGAGCCCUGUGUCCUCCGCUCGCGUGAUCGCCUAGGAGUACGCUGGGUUUGCUUGGGGAGCCUUGAGGUUAUUCCUUCACUCCUGCUUUGCCUCCAAGCUUCUUUGCACCUUUGGAGACCCAAGGAGGGCCGUGGUGAGGAUCCUCUGUAAGGAGUAUGUAUGUCACAGUCUGCGUUUGCAAAACCACCCUGCGUGCACUGAAUCGAGAGCUGUCUGCCUAGUAUGGUUUCAGAACCAUGUACCUUUAUGCUUUGUGAUUGUGAAACACUGACUUUUGUAACCCAAAAAUGAAAACCGUUUAGUAAAGGGGAUCUAUUUUGUGUGUUUUGAAACUUAGGUGCAAUGUCCCCUGGGAAAAGCUAAAGAACUGUAUAUGCUCAAUGACAUUUUAAAAUAAAAUACUAUAUAUAUAUAUGUACAUAGGACAUCUUUAGCAAAA